UGAUGAUGAUGAUGAUGACGAUGAUGCUGCUGCUGCUGCUGCUGCUGCUGCUGAUGAUGAUGAUGAUGAUGAUUGCGGUGGAGGCGAGAAGACCUGCCUACAGCAACAAUCUGUGAAAAGUAAAGGCAGCAAUCCUGGAUUCUCCUUUUGCUGGGACAACAUCAAACCGCAAUCGAGUGUUUGGCACCAAGGGAGUGAAGCCUCCAGCAAGAUGCUCCUGAUGGCCAACUCGUAUGCUGUUCUGCACAGAGUGUCAUUUCGGGACUAUGAUGAAGAAGGCACCGUGGCAGCCAGCACGAUCCCAUUGCAGUGUUUCGUACCAAGUCGCGAAGACUACACACAUCUUCGUGAAACAAUGGAGACACUUGUGUGCCAAACACUUUUGCUGUACUUCUCAACAUCUGUGAACGAUGACAGUGGUUGCAACCCACACAUUCCACAUCGUUACUCCGCAGAGAUGCGCACGAAGAGCAGACUUGUCAACAUGGGAGUGAUUCCGGAAGACCCUACAACAAUGGCUGGUGUUAUCCGGGUCACGGAUGUGUUGCUGCAGUAUGUGCCGAGACUGAUGAAUGGCCGGCUCUACACGAUACCUUGCCAUGCGGACGCCCUGACAGUGGAACGCAUCCUCGAUGCCAAGAGGGCCAGAGCUGCAGGGCACACCAAGAUGGAGCGACUGCAGGGGGUGGAACCAGUUCCACAGGAGUUCCACAAGCGCGGAGUCCUGCUGCAAGAUACUAUGAACCUACUGUUCGAUGCGUGCAGUGCAAUCGAUAGAGGCACUCUUAGCAACAUUAAGAAUGUCUUCAACCAUAGAAAUCUAAAUAAACAUGUCAUGGGCAAUUUUAACGAUGUAGACGAUUUUCUACACUUUGUCACUGACGCGAUGAUUUGCACCCUAGCAUUGCAAAUAUGCUCCAUGGAAUCACUAGAUGACACACUAACAAUGAAUGUCACACAGCUGGCGAAGAGCAUUGUUGCCCAUGUUUGGCUGCAGUUGCCAAUGGCAGACGUUGCGGAGGUGAUCGACGCUGAAGUGGACACAAGUGGACAAGUGGACGAUGAAUAUACGAGCAUCGAUUACCCAUUCUGCGUAUGCAUGGAAGACAUAGGCACAGAGAUGAUCGCCUGCGAUAAUUCGGAGUGCGACAGCGGCAGCUGGUUUCACCUAGGUUGCGUCAACCUGAGUGAAAGCACCUUUCCACAAGGUACCUGGUUCUGCUGUGACAACUGUAAGUUGUCGCGUCCCAACAUCAGUCACCUGACAGGAAGUCGGAAAGACCACGUCUCGGAGUACAGCAGAUCUGUACUUUGGCGAGGUCUGCUGGACCGAGCAGGCAGGUCUGCUGUGAGAGAGGGAGAUGGCGCUGCAAUGCUCCGGAUGUGGAGAGUGGCCAUGCCAGACUUCUGGAACAACAAGCACUACAAGUACCUAAUUAUAGGACACCGCCUCCUCACAGGUGUAGCUGGCUGGUUACCACCGCGAAUUGCGCAUGACAUCACAUGGAACCGCACAGCAAACCUGAACGGAGGAGCAGGGAACAACGUGCCGCUUGACAGAGUUUGCGAAUUUCUCGAUGAUGACUUCCAAGUGACCCUAAAGCACUGUGGAGGCAGUUACACUGAUGCACAAAUACAGCGGUGCGGUCGCAUUGUUGGCCCUCUUGGCAAGGCGUUAGACGAAAGAUUUUCAGAAACGGUGGGGAAAGUCGAGAACCGGGUGAAAUUUUGCGACCUCAAGAAAGAUUGGCGGGCUGAUGUUGCCAAGUUUGUACACUUUUACAAGUCUGACCAGCUGUUCGCGGACAAGCCAGGGCGAAGGCACCGCGCAUUUCCAGCGUUUCAGCACAGCCUCAAGAUAAAAAAUCCUGAGCUUCUGAAGGCACGUCUUUCAAGCUACAGCAACAAGCUGGAUAGGCAGAGAGCUGUAAUGAUUCAGGAUUAAGUUGCAGUAGCUUCAAGCCUACAAAG